AUGGCUCCUUCGAUAGCAUCUCUUUCGGCACUUGCCCUGGCUGGACUUCCUCUUGCAUUGGGUCAAUUUGUCAAGGCACCGACGAAUUGGACUCACGCUACUGGUUAUUCGGAUAUCCAAGUCCGCUACAAGGAGGUCCCUACUGGCACUUGCGAGCUCAACAGCUCCGUAAAGAGUUACUCGGGAUAUCUCGAUGUCGACACUGACGAACAUUAUUUCUUCUGGUUCUUCGAGGCUCGUAACCAGAACCCCAAGGAUGCUCCUCUCACUGUCUGGAUCAAUGGAGGUCCAGGGUCAAGCAGCAUGAUUGGACUGUUCCAAGAACUUGGACCUUGCAGAAUUGAUGAAAACGGCACAGUCGUCAACAACCCUUACUCAUGGAGUGAAUCCAGCAACAUGAUCUUUAUCGAUCAGCCUACACAAGUAGGGUUCUCGUACUCCAUUCCCGUGCCCGGAUACACCGACGCAAAUUCGGGAUCAAUUGUCACUCUACCUAACGCAACAUGUCCCGAAUAUGCACAAGGCUGCGGAACGUACUCUUAUCCGAAUGAGACAUUGACUGCCAACACUACUGCCGGCGUCGCGCCUAACUUCUGGAAGGGGCUUCAGGGUUUCAUGGGUGCUUUCCCCCAAUAUUCCCGCCACGAAUUCAAUUUUGCUACAGAGUCAUACGGCGGCCACUUUUCUCCGUUGAUCAAUCAGUACAUUGAAAAACAAAAUGAGCUCAUCGCCAAAAAGCAACUUCCUAAGGCUCACCACAUAAACCUCAAAACAGCCCUCAUAGGCAACGGCUGGUACGACCCCUUGAUACAGUACCAAGCCUAUUACAACUUCACCGUCUUCCCUGGAAACACAUACGACUACAAGCCAUUCAACGAAAGUAUCUCGGCCAUGAUGUACAAUGCCCUUUACGGUCCUGGUAACUGCGUCGAUAUGACCAAGGAAUGCUACGCCAGCGGUAGAAACGAUGUAUGCAGCUUCGCCGACAACUUCUGUGCCAACAAUGUCGAAGAAGUUCUGGACAUCUACGCCCUUCGUGAUGAAUACGACAUCCGUGAACUGUCACCUGACCCGUUCCCAUCUACUUUCUACGUGGACUAUCUCAACUCUCCUACUGUUCAGGAGGCCAUCGGUGCUUAUGUCAACUUCAGUGAGAGCAACAGUGCUGUCUCGUCAGCUUUCGGAAGCACUGGUGAUGAUGACCGUGAGAGUGGCACUAUUGAGGCAUUGAAGACUCUUGUGUCUGACGAUAUCACCGUUGUACUCUAUGCUGGUGAUGCCGACUACAACUGUAACUGGCUUGGUGGAGAAGUCGUCGCAGGAGAGGUCAACGCUCCCGGCUUCUCAAGUGCAGGCUACACAAACGUCACCAGCUCCGAUAACAUCGUCCACGCUCAAGUCAAGCAGUCUGGCAAGUUCUCAUUCGUCCGUAUCUUCGAGAGCGGUCAUGAAGUUCCCUUCUACCAGCCGUUGAUGAGUCUUGAAAUGUUCGAUCGUGCCAUCAACGGCAAGGAUAUUGCCACUGGUAGACGUACUGUCAAGGGCGGCUACAAGACUACCGGCUCUGCAAAGAGCACCUACCGAGAGGGCAACUCUACUGUUCAGUUCGAGGUCGUCAACGCAACUGCCACUUACAACACAACCUCAAAUGAGCCCGACCCAAUUUCGGCCAAGAAGAGCUUCAAGGCUGCUAACAAGAGACGCUUGUUCAAGCCAGCCAAGAGAGUCGUUGAUCUGACUUCCUAG